CAAAUCAACGAAAUACUCUUUAUUCGAACGACAACGGGAUCUCUUGUUCAGUAGAUCACCAGCCUUACUCCGACGUUUAUUACGAAUUUUCUCGGUGACUCGGUGACAACUACAAAACUGCGUGCGGUGCUGUAGAGAUUUUCGCUUGAGAGGAAAAUAAUCACAAUUAAGUUUUGAAUCGCGACUCACGCGAACCGAUCGAUCGCAUAAUUUUCACAUCCAUUUGGAGAACCCCCAUCUCUGAGUCUCUGAAAAUCUGACCUAGCAACAUGUCGUCAUCGCAGGCUGUCCGCUCCUCGAAAUACUCCUACCGGGCCACGUCCACGGGACCCGGUGCCGCCGAUGUCAACAUCGAAUACAUCCAGGACCUGAGCUCGCUCUCCCGCUUGGAGGACAAGAUCCGUUUGCUCCAAGAUGAUCUUGAAGUUGAACGUGAAUUGCGUCAAAGGAUCGAGCGCGAGAAAGCCGAUCUCAGCGUUCAGGUCAUUCAGAUGUCCGAGCGUCUCGAGGAGGCCGAGGGUGGUGCUGAACAUCAAUUUGAAGCCAACCGCAAGCGUGACGCUGAGCUGCUGAAGCUGCGCAAGCUGCUGGAGGAUGUUCAUCUUGAAUCGGAGGAGACCGCCACGCUUUUGAAGAAAAAGCACAACGAAAUUAUCACGGAUUUCCAGGAGCAGGUUGAAAUCCUAACGAAAAACAAGGCUAGAGCCGAGAAGGACAAGGCCAAGUUCCAGGCUGAAGUCUACGAGCUGCUCUCCCAGAUCGAGUCCUACAACAAGGAGAAGAUCGUGUCGGAGAAGCACAUCUCCAAGCUGGAGAUCUCGAUCACCGAGCUGAAUGUGAAGAUCGAGGAGCUGAACCGUACGGUGAUCGACAUCACCUCUCACAAGUCCCGCCUCUCGCAGGAGAACAUUGAGCUGAUCAAGGACGUCCAAGAUCUGAAGGUCCAGCUGGACACGGUCUCGUUCUCCAAGAGCCAGGUGAUCUCCCAGCUGGAGGACGCCCGCCGCCGCUUGGAGGAUGAGGACCGUCGUCGCUCGCUGCUCGAAUCCUCUCUGCAUCAGGUUGAGAUCGAAUUGGACUCGAUUCGUAGUCAACUCGAGGAGGAGUCGGAGGCCCGCAUCGACUUGGAACGUCAGUUGGUCAAGGCCAAUGCUGAUGCCGCCUCCUGGCAGAACAAGUACAGUGCCGAGGUGGCUGCCCGCGCCGAAGAGGUCGAGGAUAUCCGCCGCAAGUACCAGGUCCGCAUCACCGAGCUCGAGGAGCACAUCGAGUCGCUCAUCGUCAAGGUCAACAAUCUGGAGAAGACCAAGACCCGCCUGGCCAGCGAAGUGGAGGUGCUCAUCAUCGACCUGGAGAAGUCGAACAACAGCUGCCGCGAGCUGACCAAGUCGGUCAACACUCUGGAGAAGCACAACGUUGAGCUGAAGAGCCGUCUGGACGAGACCAUUGUCCUCUACGAGACCAGCCAGCGCGACCUCAAGAACAAGCAGGCCGAUCUCGUCCGCACCGUGCAUGAGCUGGACAAGGUCAAGGACUCUAACAACCAGUUGGCCCGCGAGAACAAGAAGCUGGGAGAUGAUCUGCAUGACGCCAAGGGCGCCAUCAACGAACUGAACCGUCGCCUGCACGAGCUGGAGCUGGAGCUGCGUCGUCUGGAGAACGAGCGCGAUGAGCUGACCGCCGCCUACAAGGAGGCUGAGGCUGGCCGCAAGGCUGAGGAGCAGCGUGGUCAGCGCCUGGCCGCCGACUUCAACCAGUACCGCCACGACGCCGAGCGUCGCCUGGCCGAGAAGGAUGAGGAGAUCGAGGCUAUCCGCAAGCAGACCUCCAUCGAGAUCGAGCAGCUCAAUGCCCGUGUCAUCGAGGCGGAGACCCGGCUGAAGACCGAGGUGACCCGCAUCAAGAAGAAGCUGCAGAUCCAGAUCACCGAGCUGGAGAUGUCCCUGGAUGUGGCCAACAAGACCAACAUCGAUCUGCAGAAGGUGAUCAAGAAGCAGUCGCUGCAGCUGACCGAGCUCCAGGCCCACUACGAGGAUGUGCAGCGCCAGCUGCAGGCCACCCUUGACCAGUACGGCAUCGCCCAGCGCCGCCUGGCCGGACUCAACGGUGAGCUGGAGGAGGUCCGCUCCCACCUGGACAGCGCCAACCGUGCCAAGCGCACCGUCGAGCUGCAGUACGAGGAGGCCACCACGCGCAUCAACGAGCUGACCACUGCCAAUGUCAACCUGGUGUCCAUCAAGUCCAAGCUGGAGCAGGAGCUGACCGUCGUUGCCUCCGACUACGAGGAGGUGUCCAAGGAGCUGCGCAUCAGCGACGAGCGCUUCCAGAAGGUCCAGGUGGAGCUGAAGCACGUCGUCGAGCAGGUGCAUGAGGAGCAGGAGCGCAUCGUGAAGCUGGAGACCAUCAAGAAGUCCUUGGAAGUCGAAGUCAAGAACUUGUCCAUCCGCUUGGAGGAGGUCGAGCUGAACGCCGUCGCCGGCAGCAAGCGCAUCAUCAGCAAGCUGGAGGCCCGCAUCCGCGACUUGGAGCUGGAGCUGGAGGAGGAGAAGCGCCGCCACGCCGAGACCAUCAAGAUCCUGCGCAAGAAGGAGCGCACCGUCAAGGAGGUGAUAGUGCAGUGCGAGGAGGACCAGAAGAACCUCAUCCUGCUGCAGGAUGCUCUGGACAAGUCCACUGCCAAGAUCAACAUCUACCGCCGCCAGCUGUGCGAGCAGGAGGGCGUCUCCCAGCAGACCACCACCCGUGUCCGCCGCUUCCAGCGGGAGCUUGAGGCUGCCGAGGACCGUGCCGAUGUGGCCGAGUCCAACUUGAACCUGAUCCGCGCCAAGCACCGCACGUUCGUCACCACCUCGACGGUGCCCGGAUCCCAGGUGUACAUCCAGGAGACCACAAGGACGAUCACCGAAUAGAGUGCCCCGACACCGGCGCCAGCACCCGAACCGAGAUCAUUUCAUAGUCGAUCUAGAGAACGACGAGACCGAGACCGAGACCGAGAUCGAGAUCGAGAAUUGCGUGAGAAAGUUUUUAUAAUUUAAAUUUUUUUGUCACCCCCCAAACGCCGGAUGGAGCGCGACCAAGAACCCAGUGGACACCGGCGGACGGCGGGGCUCGUAUAGGCUACACACUAUAAAUACAUAACACUACACAUCCUAUCUAUAUAAUAAUAAUACUAUUUUGAAGUUCAUGUAAUUUAAUUAAAAUAAUGAACCUGAAAACCUAAAAACAAAAAUAAAAACAAAUCAACGAAAACUUGGCAGAGUUUUGCUAGCGAUAGAGACAGACCAAACACCGUAAACCAUACACCAUAUAUUAUACACUAUAUACUAUAUACUAUAUACUGUACGUAGAGAUGAGAGAAAGAGAGUUGGCUGAACAAUAACGUUCGAUUGGAUCCAAUCUGAAAUCGGAGCAAUCGUCACCAUGAGCAAACCCACUAAGCACGCCACAGCAUCGAGUUAACCGAGUUACAACCGCUUCUACUAUUUGUUUUUAGUUCGCUUUAUGUUUAGUAGGUAAAUUUCUGUGUGCUCGUAACGAAUUUGAAUUUUACAUUAAAUCAACAUCAACAAAACUGAGCAAUUUUCACAUUUUUUACUUUGUAUCUUGCAAUAAAAACGAAACUCUAUUCAUAAUAAUAACACAUAAGAAA